ACAGAUUUGUAUACAUCCUGAAAAUUCAAAAGUACUUAAGAUGAGCAGGUUCACUGCCAAUGACUACCUCAACUGGUUUGCUACCAAAUCACUCAGUUUUGAGCCACCUAAGAUGACCAAGGUGAAAAUUCCGAAGCAGAGAAAUAAACUUGAAGAAACCGUUCCCUUGCCUCUGUACAAGUGCAGGGAGCUUGGCCAGCACUAUGUGGACAGAUAUCACCAGCAGCAUGUUCGUGAGACCCUCGAAUCGGAAGAAAGUUUGCCGAACACUCCUGACAUCACAUCGGGCGGUGAGCAGAGCUUGUGCAUGACUGGGGACGUUUCUUCUCUAGCAGAAGAUGAGUCAUCUCUGACCCACUCUCUGAGACGGGUGAACCUCAAUCAGAGUGUCUCCAGCAGCUGUGCUGCCGGUGCAAGUGCUUUUCCUCAACCCGAAAUUUCAUUGCUCGAUGAUGAAAGUGACACCGAAACUCUAGCUGGUGAUGAAGAUGUAUGUGAUGAAUUAGACCCCAGUGCUGAGACACCUUCAACCACGAAUAAAAUGCCUAAGAAGAAUACACCAGUCACUGUCGACUAUAGUUUGAGUGCCCUGGAGGAGGAUACCAUGCAGGGAUCUGUUGCUGGAGCUCUGUCUCUCGACACGGCGGUCAUGGCACAGGAGCAACUCAAGGUUUUCCAGCAAUACAAUUUUGCUCACCGAGAUGCCAAGACUGAACAACUUCCUGUCUUCAAAUACAAAGAUGAGAUUCUGAACAAGAUCAGAGGCUACAGAGUUGUGGUCAUAGAAGGACGCACUGGCUGUGGAAAAUCUACUCAGGUCGCCCAGUACAUCCUGGAUGAAGGCCGCGAUGAAGGCUAUAAUGUGAACAUCUGCGUGACGCAACCUCGCAAGAUCGCCGCCGUCACGCUCGCCAGGCGCGUCUGUGAGGAACGCAAGUGGAAGCUUGGCUCUCUCGUCGGAUACCAGGUGGGGUUGGACAACUGCACGACGGAGGACACGCGUCUCAGCUACGUCACGACCGAGGUGCUCGUGCAGAAACUGAUCGUCCAGAAGAGCCUGGACCAGUUCACGCACAUCAUCCUUGAUGAGGUUCACGAGCGUGACCAGCACACGGACUUUGCUCUCCUCAUCGUCAAAAAGCUGCUCAAUACCGUCUCCAGAAAUGUUAAAGUAAUCCUGAUGUCAGCUACCAUCGAAGCUGACAAAUUCGCCAAGUAUUUCUCGACGCCCGUCAUGGGACGUCUCUUGCCGGCUCCCAUCGUCUCCAUCAACGACAUGUCGCAGUUCAACACUGAAAUAUACUACCUCGACCAUCUGGCUCCUAUCUUCAGGGAGAAGAUGGGCAGUUUGAUGCAAGAGUCGGAGCCGUGGGUGUCGGAGGAGCUCAGUGUUCUGGUCGUUGAGAUCGUGCAGCGCUUCGAUAGAAUCGAUACCCUGCCAAGCCAAGGCAGCUCCGACGAAUUGUCCACCAGAGGGGCGGUGCUGGUGUUCGUGCCUGGCUUGAUGGAAAUCGAGUUGAUCAUCACUAAAAUGCGAGCCUGCGCGGCCGACAACAAGUGGAUGCUGUUCCCGCUGCACUCGAGCAUCACGUUGAAUGAGCAGGAGGAGGCGUUUGCUCAGUGCCCCCUCGGCUAUCGCAAAGUCAUCAUAGCCACCAACAUUGCCGAGAGCUCAAUUACUGUAUCUGAUGUUCGUUAUGUGAUAGACCUGUGCAUGACCAAGACGCUGCACUGCGACCCUAUCACCAACUACACGUGCCUCAAGCUCGACUGGGCCAGCAAGGCUUCGUGUGACCAGCGAGCUGGCAGAACUGGACGAACUGGCAACGGUCGUGUGUACAGGAUGAUCACUCACUUCAAGUACAAGAACUUGCCGAACUACACGACACCUGAGCUCCUGCGCUGUCCGCUCUCCGUGGCGGUGCUGAAGACGAAACGCCUGUGCAUGGGCGAGCCUGCCGCCCUCCUCGCCCUCGCGCUCGACCCGCCCAACAUCGCUGACAUCGCGCGCACCAUCCUCGACCUCAAGCAGCUGGGCUGUCUGUGUGUGUCGCCCGAGGCGUCGAUGUCUGCCCUGGACGGCGAGCUCACGUACUUGGGGGAGCUGGCCGCCCAGCUGCCCCUGGACCCACGCCUCAGCAAGCUCAUCGUGCUGGGCCAAGCUCUGGGCUGCCUCAGGGAGGCCAUCAUCAUAGGUGAGGCUGAGCUCGUUGUGCUGGGCCAAGCUCUGGGCUGCCUCAGGGAUAGUAGCUGGAGUCCAAUCCGUAGAGAUGAGGGCUUCAGCUACCGUCGGUCGAAUAUUUCGGGUCACUGCACGAUGAAGAUGCUGGUGUGGCGAAACUUGCACGGCCGCGAAGCGUUCCGUGAGUUCGGUGGCAAGGCUCAGCGCGACCACAGCAGCUUCCGUCCUCAUCUGUCGGGUGCAAGCAGGCGGCCCAUCAACGAUUCUGGCGUAACUUCCAGUGAGGUGCAGUGGGCCAAGAAGAGCUACGUUCAGCUGCAGCAGCUGCGUGAGGUGCAAAAGCUGGUCGAGGAGCUAACGGACAGACUCAAGUACCUCCGCGUGGUCCCUCUUAACUUGCAGAAUCCUGUCACGGACCAUCAGCAGACCGUUCUUAAGUUAUGCAUCGCGGGAGCCUUUUUUCCGCACUACUUCCGUCGUUGUCGUUCGGAUGACUACGAGCGCGAGACAAACAUCGAGCUCAACGGGCACGACCCGUACAACACGGUGAUCGUGAGGCGCCUGCCCGUGCAGAGCGCCGUGCUGUACGAACCUCAGAUCAGGGAGCUCUUCAAGGAGUGCUCCACCGACGUCGCUAUCGAGAUAGAAAACUCCAAGGCGUACGUGAUGUUCCGGCGCGCACGGUCUGCAGAAGGCAGCGAGGAGGCGCAGCAGAGUAUUCCUGGGGAGUUCCCCACCGCGAUGUACAUCGCUCUCAAGAUGGUACAAGUACCGCGCUUCAAGGACGCACUUCAAAUUAAUCUAUUCAGCGCCGUCGACACUGAGAGGCUCUUGGCUGUUCUGGAGGAGGAGCGCAGCGCCGCCGUGUGCACCGCGGCAAUGGACGCCUCCAGCUCCAUCGACGGUAACAUGUCGAACUCGACACUAAGUCUCGCCCUCAGCGGCAUCUCCAGCGACAUGAACUCCUCCCGUCAGUCCUCCUACUCCUACUCCAGAGUUUUGCGUUACGGAGGGCGUCAAAUGCUGUCAGCGAGGACUUCUGGGUUUCGACCUGCCGAGCUACCGCCGUCUGACCAGCUCUCCUGGAGGAUCACAAUUGUCUACGUUGAAACGGCAGGCCGCGUUUGGGCUCGCAGCGACAAGUGUGCAGCAGAGCACUUGCAGUUCGUCUCCAGCACCAUCAACUUGGCCCUGCAAUCUGUCGACGAUCAAGACGUGCCUGGAGCUGAGCUCACUGGGGAUCGACUGGCAGUAAACGAGCCUGUGCUUGCGCCUCGCACCAAUGCUGAAGGUGCCACGCAGUACGCCCGAGCUCAGAUUGAAGAACGACCGAGAGGCUUCAAUAGCGCGCACGCCAGAAACCGUGAAGAGAAGUUGAUCAAGGUGUUCUUUGUGGACUACGGCAACACCGCCCUUGUGCCGGUGUCAUCACUGAAGCAGUUGCCAGAAGCGUUACUGAGCGUGCCACGGAUGGCGGUCGAGUGCUGCCUGUGCUUCCUCCGGCCCGUGAGCACGAGCUGCGGCGGCGCGGCGUGGAGCAAAGAGGCCAACGACUUCGCCAAACGCCGCCUCACCAACAAGAAGUUCUUGGCUAAGGUGUACAGCUGCGUGCACGGUAUGGCGCGCAUCGAGCUGUUCGACAAGCAGCCUGGCAACGAUCGCCUUCAGAACUUCAACGACUUGCUUCUUGUCAAAGGCUUUGCUGUGCGAGCCCUGGAGCCGCUCGAAUCUCAGGAGGACCACCGUAUGCGACUGCAAUACAUGUACUCGUCUGAUCGCACGUGCACGCCUCCUGGCCGUGUGCUCGGUGGGCCAGACUCCUCCUUCUGCUCCAGCUCCUUGUCGCUGUCGUCAGCCCUCAGCACCACAUCCCUCGGCUCCUCAGCCUUCAGUGCGCGCCCCACUACCCGCAAAAGUCGCCUGUUGGGCCCGUACUCGCCACUGCAGCUGCAGUUCCACGCGCUGCAGUUCAACACGCUGGGCAAGAAGGUGCGCAUCGAGCCUGAGAGCGUCAACAGCACCGCGCUAGACAUGGAGCCACAGAACCCCCAUGACAGGAUGUUGGUGAGCUCGUUCGUGUCGCUGAGCGGUAGUGAGGAACAUCUCGUGGCGCGCAACACGACACUCAUGCCAGCCGUGCCUGGCCUGCUCUCCAUCUGCUGCCUCACGUUCUGUCACGGCGCUGACAUGAGAGUGAGUGAAGACGGCUGUGAGUACACUGGUGCCAUCAUCGGACUGGGUGCUGACCCCGACACCGGUUACCCAGCCUACCCUGACGACGACAUCGAGCUCGCCUUCGAUAUUCCCUUCACCAACCACGACCUAGAGAAGAUCAACAAGGUGCGCUACCUCCUCAACUGCAUGCUCAGCGGACCGCCCGGCAGCGCUGGUGCUCUGGAUCCCGCCGCGUUGGCGGAGCGUCAGAAGCUUCUUCGCACUUCCCUCCUGCAAUUGUUGGAUGAGCAGAAGCCUUACAAACGACCCGAAACCAGCGCCAGUGCCUAUAAGUGGAAUGUUAUUCCUGCAAGCUCGCUGCUGGAGCCCAUCACGGAGCCUGAUGAGAUGGUGCAGGGCACGCCUGUGUUCCCCCUGCACCGUGGCGUGGCCCUCGCCACGCACUCGACGCUAUCGCGGCUCAAGCGCACCGACGCCCUCGUCAGAGCGUAUAAUGAUGUAAUGCGCAGCGCAUCGUCAGGCCGUCACGACAACAUGUCGAUGUGGGAGCGCUGCUACGCGUGUGACGCGAGUCUGGUGACGCUGCGUGACGUGGGCGAGCACCUCGACAGCAUCGCACAUCAGGACCGCGUGGCGGCCCUAAAGCGAGUGCAUACCGGUGUACGAGACGCAUUCUAGCCUGGAUGCUGCUAUGACUACUGAUGAUUACGUCAAUGACCGGGAUAUUUCUUUUCGUUCCUCGUUACUAUUUAGCUUUAGGUGUCAGACUGCUGGAAUUACCUAGUCUCCUUCAUUUUUUUUGACUUCUUUAUUCAAGAAGCGGAAGAUUUUUUUCCUAUACCAAAGGGUUUGCCCCGUUGCAGUGACCCGUUAACACUCAACUUGUUUAGUUUGUCGGACCAUAGCUCGAUGGUCAUGCGUUAUUCAGAAUCGUCAAUGGCGGUGCUCUAUUUUCAAUCAAUCACGACACGAGUUUAACUCGUUACACACCAUUGGGUGCAGCUAUGCCUGAUAUUUGUUCCUCUCGUCACUGAAGCUGUCACAUGGUUUGUCUUUUAAUUCAUAGGAAAUGGUGUCCCUACGUCCUAAGAAAGUGAUGCUCUGUAGCGUUGUGCUACUUUCAAACACGAUUGUAAAGAAGUCCGCUAGUUGCUAUUCAUGAUUCACAGCUCAAUAUCCCCCAUGAAAAUGGACAAAAGGUCAUAGAUUUCAUACACGUUCCCCUUCUCAUAGUCGUUGCCGAGUGGGCUCAUGACGUUGUCAUGAAACUCGUUACUUUAUUUUUUUAUGUUGAGUAUUACAUAAAUUGUAGAUCGUUUCUAUUACGUUAAAUAAGUUGUGGCUGAGUACAUUAAGCAUAUUAUUUACUUUGUGCCUCAAGUAUACACUUGAACAACUU